GGUUGGUUGACACUACAGCCAGACAGCCGCUGGCCGCUAGUCCGAGUCUGCCAGAGUCGGUUAAAUUUUCAUGAAUAAAACAGUUUAUCUGGUUGAGCAUAUACAGUUCAUCGAAGAAAACACAAACCAGUUGGACUACCAUGGAGUCUUAUGACAUUAUAGCUAAUCAGCCGGUUGUGAUUGAUAAUGGUUCUGGCGUCGUCAAAGCAGGCUUUGCAGGAGACCAGAUCCCUAAAUACUGCUUUCCAAACUAUGUGGGUCGCCCAAAACAUGUCCGGGUCAUGGCUGGUGCCCUGGAAGGAGACAUAUUCAUUGGGCCCAAAGCAGAGGAGCACAGAGGGUUGCUGUCUGUGCGAUACCCGAUGGAGCACGGCAUUGUGAAAGACUGGAAUGACAUGGAGCGCAUCUGGCAGUAUGUUUAUUCCAAGGAGCAGCUGCAGACCUUCUCUGAAGAGCAUCCUGUGCUGCUUACUGAGGCUCCACUGAACCCCAGCAAAAACAGGGAGCGCGCAGCCGAGGUCUUCUUCGAGACCUUCAAUGUCCCAGCUCUAUUCAUCUCCAUGCAAGCAGUUCUCAGCUUGUAUGCCACGGGCCGAACAACUGGUGUGGUGUUGGACGCUGGCGAUGGAGUGACGCAUGCGGUGCCCAUCUACGAGGGCUUCGCUAUUCCCCAUUCCAUCAUGCGAGUAGACAUCGCUGGGCGGGACGUCUCUCGCUACCUGCGCCUGCUCCUCCGCAAGGAAGGCUAUGACUUCCACACCUCGGCCGAGUUUGAGGUGGUGCGCACCAUCAAGGAGAGAGCUUGCUACCUGUCCCUAAACCCCCAGAAGGAUGAAACACUCGAGCCUGAGAAAGCACAGUACGCCCUCCCAGAUGGAAGCACUCUGGAUAUUGGGCCUGCGCGGUUCCGUGCACCUGAGCUCCUGUUCCGGCCCGACCUGAUUGGAGAUGAGAGCGAGGGCAUCCAUGAAGUUCUGGCCUUCGCCAUCCAGAAGUCAGACAUGGACCUGAGGCGCACUCUCUUCUCCAACAUUGUCCUGUCUGGAGGCUCCACACUUCUUAAAGGUUUUGGGGACCGAUUGUUGAGUGAAGUGAAGAAGCUUGCACCCAAAGAUGUUAAAAUAAAGAUCUCAGCACCACAGGAGAGACUGUACUCCACAUGGAUAGGGGGAUCCAUUCUUGCUUCACUCGACACAUUCAAGAAGAUGUGGGUCUCCAAGAAGGAGUAUGAGGAGGACCGCACUCGUGCCAUCCACAGGAAGACCUUUUAACAUGGAGAAAACAAAACACGCACUAAGUCCCCCUCCCCGCCAGCACCCCUGAAGCCUAUAGUUUCACCCCUAUCCCUCUUCCCCGCUCCCCCUUCCCAAACUCCCCACCUACCACACCUACCGCCACCACCACCUUUCUUCCAUCCUAGCUUUAAUCUACCGGAGUGUCCCCCUCCAUGCAGCCUCAUGGCUGGGGUGGGGAGAUUCCUGGACCCCUCAUCGCAGCUAGGCAUGCCUUCUGUUGCCCCCAUCUCUGACCCGCCACGCCCCCCGCCACCCGCUCUUAUUUGGGACUUCUGCAAGGACUGGGAAAUUGUUAUGUGGGCAGGCACUGCAUUCUCUGAAAGGUCUGCACCCCCUCCCCAUCCAUGACCAUCAAGCAAACAAAAGGGGCUCGUAAGUAAGGAGCGUCAAACACAAUUGGUAACUUGUUUAUUAUUUACUUUUCUCCUUUCUUUCAUUUAUAAAAGGCAGUGCUUAUGUGCAACUUAAACUGGUAUUUAUUACACUAUUUACUGUGCCCUUUAAGAUAGGAUCAUAUCACCGGUUCAAAUGAACAUGAAAGGCAAAGUAUUUUAUGCUGUUGUAAGUUCAUUCCAAAAUAGUGAGGAUUCCGAGCGUUUCCUCCCCCCCUCGUGUCAUCUUGUGCGGAUGACAAACCCUGUGGAUGUCUAAAGUAGAAGUCGGUUAAAAAUAAGAAAUGUCGUUUGACGUUUGCGUGUCAAAACGAUUACUGUAUGAGAACGAGGAGAACUCUGCGGUAAGAAAGAGAUGGCAGUUUUUCCCCUACUGCGCCUGCUUUCUGCAAGAGACACUACUCCAGGCUGGUCUCUCCCCGUGUCUGUCUCUUUUGACUGUAUCAAGGCUGAUACGACUCCUGUAGAGGACAUUUGGAAUAGCAUGAACUGAGAAAUAACAUAGUGGGUAGCUUGCUUCUUUUAGACACUUGAAUGAGUGUGACUGAGUACCAUAGCAGUGACACUGAUGCAAGACUUCAAACUUUUGAAUAGUCUGGCCUCAGAAGUGUACUGAUGGUUGAAAGGGUGUUCCCCCCCCCCUGAAAGCGGCUGUAUGAUGUUUGUCAACUAAUAGAAGUCAGCAAAUAGGACUGUGAACAAUCAGUGUUAAGGCAUGGAUGAACCAUGAAAAAAACAUCCUUUUUUGACUGACUUGUUCAAGAAAUGGCAGUGGCUGACUGUAGAUCCGGAAAGGCUACAAAUAUUCCAUGUUUGUGUGUCAGGAAAAACAAUGUUAUUUUCUCAUUUGUGACAAUUCUCCUCAGAAGUCCAAUUAGUGUCCCUCCCCCUAUUCAUUGGCUGUUCGUUGAAAAAAGAACGAAAAUUUGUGAUGAAUUGCCUUUAAAUGGUGAUUUGCAGUAUUUUAAAAAACAUUUUACUCGUAUGAUAUAGCAUCCCUCACAGUCGUUCCAUUCUGGAUCACAUGGCCACACAUGUUUACUUAAACUUCAUUAACUAAUAUCACAUGUGCAGAGGUGGACUCAAGUUGACAGGAAUGUCAGGAUUGCAGUGAAGGAGCAUGCGAAAGCACAAUGUGUCGUAAGUGUGUAGGUCUAGUCUCGGUGCCCUUGGGAGAAUUCCAGAAGGGUAGGAUUAGACACUUUGCUUGUUCAAGUUAACCCAGAGCAAGCAGUAAAGCGCCUAAUAGAACAGCCUGUGGGUUUAUUACGAAAGGUGGAUGGCGCGGAAGGAAUCUUCUAUUACAAUAUUUACUGCUGGCUUUUUGGUGAACUUGUGUUAAAGUCUAGUCACUAGACCACCUCUCUUGGACUUAACCCCCUGGUUUCAGGCUUGGGUAAGUGUUUCUGUUAAGUGAAUGUGGGGUGCUCUCUGAUGGAAUGCUAGAAAAAGGUUAUAUGAAGUCCUGUUUUGUCCAGAAUUAGAUUCGCCUUACUCUGGUGUCUGCAUUGGAACAUCGAAAAUUUGUUUUGUUGUUUUUUGUUUUUUUUAAGGUAAACAAUUCAUCAGCCUUGUGUACAGUGGAUUGCUAUUCAAAAAAAGAGAAAAAAAAGUCAUGAAAGGACUAAAAUGUACAAAACUGUUUCAACUGUUGCUCUUUUCAUUUUGUAAAUUCAAUAUAAUAAAUAAAUUAAUGACUGCUGUCUGAA